UUUAGAGUUUUGGUUUGAGCCCUCACAUGCGCGUAUGAACCGUCCAACAUCAAAGUAACUAACGUGCGCUUCGUAUCAAAGUUAACACAGAUUUGACCAAAUAUCAUAUAUCUAAAUUAGAUAAUCUAAUACACAUCCAUCUAUUCCCAUUCAUAUAUACGAGUCCAUGUGAAUUGGAUACAUGCACCGUGAUAAUGUAGUAUAAAGUGGUACCUUGACCGUGUAAAAGCAAGAGUCAUUGAAGUAUUAAGCAAUAGUAUCUAUUGUGCAAAGUCAAAAACCCUCAACACAGACUUACAAUAUACAUCAUCAGCAAGUAAUUAAAUACAAUAUUACAAAUCAACUUGAUCUAUCAUAACAUGUUGUGUUUCCAUCUUCUCGGCCGGACAAGAAUAUCACUAUAUAUAUUUCAUAAUUCCCAAAAUUCUAACAUAUUCUCCCUCAGUCUCUUCUUGUGUCUAUACGAAAACAUCAAACCAAGAACCCGCAUAUAGUGAAUCAAGAACAUAUAUAGCAUAACUCAAACACCAUAAGGAUCAUUGGUGCUAGUCAUGGAGAAUGAUAUAGGCAAGAAAGGAUCGCCAUCAAUGUCGAGAAACUCAUCGAUCGGAUACUACUAUCAGCGGAGGUCGGAGGGUGUACCGUUCAAGUGGGAAAUGCAGCCAGGGACUCCAAUUAAUACUCAGACCACGGAGAUGAUUCCUCCUCUCAGUCCUCCCCCGGCGAUGCUCAGCCUCGGCUUCCCAAAGCCAUCCAUCUCGGUCGAAGAGUCAAACCACUCUGUGUUUCCAGCGAAGCUUAAGUUGCGGAAAUGGAAAUAUAUUCGUUGCAGGAAAUAUUUCUCUAGAUUGGCUAACAAAAUGGUUUUGCCUUCGAUUCGUUUGUACCCUGAGAAACGGUAGAUGGCCACAAAUGAAUAAAGCAUAUCAAAAUAGGCCGCGUUAAUAUCCUAUUCGGUCAAUCAACAUAGUUUAGUUUUUAAUUUUUUAUUACCUAAACAAAAUGAUUAUUUUUUUGUUAAAAAUAAAUAAAAUAA